GGGUCAGGUGACAGCCCGGAAGCUGCGGAAGCCGAUGAAGGAAGAGCAGCCACGGCCCCGGAGGGCCGUCGCGGACCUUCUCGGAGCACCCCGGUCCAGACACGGCCCUUAUGCGCGCGGCCCUCAUGCGGCGCCGUGGCUGACACCUGGAGGCCGCCGCUCUCUGUCCUCCGAGGACCGCGGGGUAGUCCGGCCCGCCAGUCUCGGCGGUUGAAGUCGGUGGGGCAGCGGCGGCCGCCCAUGGAGAAAGCCGGGCACGGCGUUGAGGGCGCCCCUCGGGGCCCCGUCCUGCACAUCGUGGUGGUCGGCUUCCACCACAAGAAGGGCUGCCAGGUUGAGUUCUCCUACCCACCCCUGGUUCCAGGAGAUGGGCAUGAUAGCCACUCUCUGCCUGAAGAAUGGAAGUACCUGCCUUUCCUUGCACUACCCGACGGUGCACACAACUACCAGGAAGAUACUGUGUUCUUUCACUUGCCGCCCAGAAAUGGAAGUGGAACCACGGUGUACGGUGUCUCCUGUUAUCGACAAAUUGAAGCCAAGGCAUUGAAAGUAAGGCAAGCCGAUGUCACCAGAGAGACCGUUCAGAAAAGUGUGUGUGUUCUAAGCAAGCUGCCUCUCUAUGGCUUACUCCAAGCAAAACUUCAACUCAUUACACAUGCAUAUUUUGAAGAAAAGGAUUUUUCCCAGAUUUCCAUCCUAAAGGAGCUCUAUGAACACAUGAACAGCUCCUUGGGCGGGACCUCACUGGAAGGAUCCCAAGUAUAUCUUGGUUUGUCUCCUCGAGAUCUCGUCCUUCAUUUUCGACACAAGGUCUUAAUCCUGUUUAAACUAAUUCUUCUUGAAAAAAAGGUUCUUUUUUAUAUUUCUCCAGUGAACAAGUUGGUGGGGGUGCUGAUGACUGUGUUAUCCCUCUUCCCAGGCAUGAUCGAGCAUGGCCUUGGCGACUGUUCUCAGUACAGACCCCGGAGCAGCGUGUCUGAAGAGGUGGGACUGCAGGAGAGCAGACCCCCAGUGGACGACUCCCUCUCCAGGCCUGCUUCUGAAACUUGCAGUCCUAAUUUGGGGACGUUGAAGACGGAGGUGAGCAGCAGCCAAGAAGGAAAUGCAGCCCUCGCCUCUGAGAAGCCUCUGUUCCCAGUAGACGGCAGGGGACGGGAAGCAGCCGGCACCCAGCAGUACUUGAAGCCCCCCUCCCGCCCAUCUCCAGAGUCUUCAGAAAGUGACUGGGAGACGCUGGAUCCCAGCAUCCUAGAGGACCCAGGCUUGAAAGAAAGGGGGCCAGUAGGGCCCGACUGCACAGACUCGCUUCCCAAAGACUCAAUGCCCUCAGACAAUCCCCCAAUUACUGUCCAGCCGCAGGCCCACAGCGGCCAAGUGGUCCUGAUGCCAGGGCUCAUUUCAGGGUUGGAAGAGGACCAGUACGGCAUGCCUCUGGCCAUCUUCACAAAGGGUUACCUGUGCCUGCCUUACAUGGCUCUGCAGCAGCAUCACCUUCUCUCUGAUGUCACCGUGCGUGGAUUCAUUGCUGGAGCCACUAACAUUCUUUUUCGACAACAGAAGCACCUCAGUGAUGCCGUGGUGGAAGUGGAGGAAGCACUUGUGCAGAUCCACGACCCGGAGCUCAGGAAGCUGCUGAGCCCCACUACGGCAGACCUGAGAUUCGUGGACCACCUGGUGAAGCAUGUCACAGAGAACCGUGAUGAUGUCUUCCUGGAUGGCACAGGCUGGGAGGGUGGUGACGAAUGGAUCCGGGCCCAGUUUGCAGUCUACCUCCAUGCCCUGCUGGCCGCCACCCUGCAUCUAGAUAACGAAAAGAUGCUGGCGGAUUAUGGGGCGACCUUUGUCACUGCAUGGAGGAACACACACAACUACCGGGUGUGGAACAGCAACAGACACCCCGCACUCGCCGAGAUCAACCCCAACCACCCGUUCCAAGGGCAGUACUCAGUGGCAGACAUGAAGUUAAGAUUCUCGCACUCUGUUCAGAACAGUGAGCGUGGCAAGAGAAUUGGGAACGCUGUGGUCACGACCAGCCGGAACGUCGUGCAGACGGGAAAGGCUGUUGGCCAGUCCGUGGGAGGCGCCUUCUCCAGCGCCAAGACAGCCGUGUCUUCCUGGCUGUCGGCCUUCGGCACCUCGUCCCCCCAAAGUCUCCCCGAGCCCCACAGCCAAGACGGUGGGAAGCCCUGAGCUGGGACAUGGUCUGUGUAGCCUUGUCAGGUGUGGGGUGCCCGUUACCUACACCUCCAGACCCCUUCCUCUGCCACAGGCCCACAGCAGGACUGCUGGGUGGCAGCGGCAGCUGGGGCGGAGCACUGGCUGGGAAGAGGGACAGCACUGGACAAGAGACGCACGGCGUCCAGGCCAGGCUGGGCUUCAGUGGACUCCUCUUAUCUCCUUCUGAGCCUGAUUAAAACACAGCGAACCUUCUAGUGAGUUCUACAUUCUGAGAUUGUACGUUUGUUUAUGUCAGCAAAGUUUUUACCUAUGUAUAUUUUGUUCUAUUUUACUGUCAGAAUAUCUGGAUGAUGGUUGUAAUUUAUAUGUACAAAAAUUAAGUUAUAUUCCUGUUUCAGUUUCUCUGAGGUUGGCCCUAGUACGUGCUGAGGUGAGGGCCGGGUGGCCUACCUUGUUUUCACCUCCCCUGGGACCAUGAAGACCAGAGAGGGCUUGAAGCUGGGGUGCCCUGUUUCAGUCCUUGUUCUUUGCUGACUGGAUUGCUCUGAGGCAAUGGGAGGGGAGCCUAGUGCAGAGGAGGCUAGGGGGCGGAGGAUUGUGUCCAAGGCCAGGUUGGGGCUGUAGGAUUGAACUUCAGAGCCUGCUGUCCAGCACUUGGUCUUCAACACCGUGUUAAAACAAGAGCUUUGGGUUGGGAAUGUGGCUUAGUGGUAGAGUGCUUGCACGAAGCCCUGGGUUCGAUUCCUCAGCACCACAGGAACAAAAAAA